GUUGAACGUGCCGAACGAUAGGUCGCCCUCUCGUGCCUUAUUCUUCGCAGCCUCCUUGACGGCCGCUGCGGUCUCGUGUCUCUCUCGGUUCACCUCGCGUUGCGGGUGUGCUUUCUUCCGUAUUUUCCGAGCGGCGAAUUUCCUCGCAUCAAUCCAUCUCUGCAGAGCUCGGUUCUUGCCUGUGGUGCUUUGACGAGGAGGGUGCAGCACUCCCUCCCCGUGGUGCCCGCGGUUGUCGCCCUUCUCCUGCGAGCGUUGUUUACUGACGUGGUGUUUACGAAUCUCUCUACUCCUCCAGCUUCGUGGGCCACGCUUUCCGCGACGGUGGUUGCCAGGUGCAGUUUGCCGCUUUGCAUUCCUGCCGCGGGAACAGUGUCCAUACACACCUCUCGCCACUACCACCGUCUGUGCAUCCUCACCGCCACGCUGAGCCAGCGCGGCGGUGAGUUGCACCUUGGGACACCACCCGCCUACUAUCUGUUGUGGCCUGGUUCGCCCGCGAGGGACUCACUAGGUCGAUUUCGGCCCCGGCCGGGGAGCAAGCCGAGGGGGGGGAUGUUUGCUCUCAUCGCGAUUCAGAGUCGCGUCCUGCAUCGGCUCGAUCUGAGCACAACCUCACAGCUACUAGAGUCGGCGCGAGCUGAAUUUCGCGCCGCUGGUGACGCGAGCGGAGCAUCCGAAGUGGACGAAACGCUCAUCAAGAUAAAAGCCGACUUUGUGAUGGAGGCAAUGGAGAUGGCACGCAAGGCCGAGACACCCAAUCUCCCCAAACUACCCAUUGUCACCCCUAUCGAACAUGCCGCGACCCAUCGAAGCGACCGCCGAGACGCAGGCAAGAGAACAUUCGAGCGCUUGCGACAACCCCGCCGUCUCUGCCGCGAGUACGCCCUGGAAGACGGCCGCAAUUCCCGGGAGGCGGCGGCUGCACUUGCGAAGAAGUGCAAGUACGCCAAGGCGCGAUUGCGACUGGACGAUGCUCGUCGUUGUUUCGACUGGGCGGGAGAUGCGCAGGAAGACCUGCGGAGGCUUACCAGCGUUGAGUCUAAAGUCCAGAUGCGGGAGAACGCCACCUGCGGGGAUCGCCUGACGGAGAGUGUCGCGAGCAAGCUGCAGUUUCUAACGCCGAAGGACUACUCGGGACUAUUCUCGCAGCUGUCCCAGGCGGCGAUGGCGUACGAGGUCGCAAAGGAUCAAGACGGGAUAAAGGUGGUGCGCAUAGUGAGGGCCGCGUUGGAGCUUGUGCUGUCGGCCGAGCAGCGGUGGAUGCAAGCAACCGACGCGCUCAAGCUGCGGCAGUACGCGUCCGCGUCACAGCUCAUGAAAGAAACCAAGCGCUUCAUCUCCGACGCGACGAAAGGCCUUCCCUUCGUGAGCCCGUCGCUGGCGCGCGCCGGAAAGGUCCUGUCGCCUCCCGGUGGUCUGAGUCCAGUCGACAUCGUGGCGGAGCUGGCGGCCCUAGACGGUCUGAAGGACCACACCAGGUCCAUUAGGGCCCUUGAACAGGCGAGACCCAUACAAGUGACCGAGCGGGGUGUUUUCGAAAUUUGGACUGGCUCGGUGUCGUCUCUCGCUCGGCUCAGCGCGCUUCUGCGGAUACGCGAGAGAGGUUUUGCGGGAUGGGUGGUGGAAGGAAAGGGCACGGGGGGGGUGUUGUCAAGUGGCAUGCUAGACAAAGCGCAGCAGCUGAACAUGAGCGCCCGAGAGGUGUUUGAGUUUACCGCACGCUGCUGCAGUACAACUAGCAGGUGUCGGAGCGGCGGCGGCGGCGGCGGCGAGAGCAGUAGUAGCGUCCGUUGCAGCAGCAGCCCUUGCUCAGUGGCCGGAGGAGGUACUACCGCUGGCGCUGGUGCCGCCGCUAGUGCUGGCGAUGACAAGAAGAUGGACAAUGACGUCACGGGGUUUCCUCUGUCCGUUGAAGAGCUAAACGAGGGCGAGGCGUUGCUCGUCAGGGUCCGUCGCUCCACUUCGGCCCCCGCCAAUCCGCAUGAUGGCAGCGCCAAGCCGAAGUCAAGGAUGGCUGUCCACCUGGGCGUACGCCAUCGAGUUGAGGACCUUCUGGACGACGUGUCCGAGACAGAAGACAUCAUCACCCGCAACAAGGCUCUCGAGCGCGGCGACAAGCUCAUGGCCGCGUUUUGGGCCUCCUUCGGAGUAAGCGCGGCACCAUCCGCCGCAGACGCUGCAUCCGCAACAGCAUUGGUGCAUCCGAGCACGGAGACAGGCCAACGCGACGUUCGUUCUACCGCCGUAGACACAAGAGGCGCCACCAUGGCGGGAGUCGUCACCGUUCGCAUGGCUGCUACUACAGUAAGUCACGCCACAAGUGCCAGCAAGAACACCACCGAUGUAGCUAGCAAAGGCGCAACGAAAAGAGGUGCAAACGGGACGGAAAGGGGCGACCAACAGGUGCCGGGACCCGGCGGAGCGCUGAGCCCAGAGACUGCUUCGAGGUGCCUUCGGCUCCUAGCGGAGGCGAAAGAGGCGUACGACGGGCAAGGCUUCGCGCAGCAGGCGGACAAGGCGGCCAGGCUGAGAGCAGGGCUAGUCGCCGAUCGCUGUCUUGCCAAAGCUUCCAGCCUUGCUCCACCAGCGGCCGCCACCUCUACCGCUUUCGCCACCACCGCCAUGGCCACGGCCGCAGCCGAUGCACAACGCAGCGAAGCAAGAACAACUCCUGCCAUUGGUGUCGACGGCGAGCAAAGGCUGGCUCCGGUGAUGGGGGAUGGCGGCGUUGGGGUGGAGGGUGGCGGCGGUAGGGAGAGGGACUUUGAGGCAGCCAGAGCGGCGGUAAAGGAAGCCGAGGAAAACUACGAAACAGCUGGUAACGAGAUGGGCGUGCUGGUGGCGAGGAGGAUGGAGAUGUCGCUCAGGGGCGACGAGGCAAUGGUUUCGAUAGACCCGCUUCUCGAGAAAAGGUGA